CUGCCGGGUGAUGUUUGACUACGAACCCGAGGCCCCCGAUGAACUUGCCCUACACCGGGGGGACCUGAUCCGGGUGCUGAGGAAGGACACCGAGGACGAGGGCUGGUGGGAGGGAGAGCACGAGGGUCGCCGCGGCGUCUUCCCCGACAACUUCGUGCUGCUGCUGUUGCCCGUCAAGCCACUCCGGCCCACACGGCCGUCUCCCAGGGAAUCACUGCAGAAGCCAGAGAAGCGAGUCCCCCACCCAAGCAAAGGGGAGAGCAGAUUGGGACGCAGGCCGAAAGCUAAAGAGCCCAACAAGAUGGAACCCAAGCCUCCCCCGCCUCCAGUCAAGAAGCCAGCCCCCGGCCCUCCUGUACCAGCCAAGACCAGACCCGGUCACCCCGUGGCCAGCAAGCCUUCUGGGGCCAGGCCAGCGACCGGAGAAAGGCAGAGAGCUCGGGACUCAGAUGGCAACGCUGGCAGCUUCGAUGCCAUCCCGGUGACUGACACGAAACUCAGCCACCCCACCAGCAAACGGCCUAAGCUCCAGGGUCGCCGUCCACCCUCCCACCCUGCAGUGCACGCUCCGGCCCCUGAGCCAGGGGCCGGGCAGCCCAGCCCGCCCAAGCCCCCAUCCCAGCCCAACCGCACCCCCCGUUCCAGCCCCCAAAGCGAGACCCCGCAGGCCUGUGCCCCGAGCCCAGGCUCGGAGCUGGAGGAGCCCGGACUGCUUGGAGAGCUGAGGGCAGAGUUGGCCUCUCUGCGGAACCUGCUCGACUUGUUGCAGACGAGGCAUGAGAGAGACAUGGAGGAGGUCCGAUCAGAGAUGAUCAGCGAGCGGGAGAAGAGACUGGCGCUGGAGGCCCAGGUCCAGAGGGUGAAGGAGGCCAUGCUGUGACCACGACCCUGGAGUCAGACCCUGGCUGGGAGAGGAGCAGCAAUCCCCUUCUCUCCUCUGCGCCCCCCCCCUUUCAUGCCCCCCCAUCACCCCCUGUCUGGGGGCUCUGUCUCCUGGGACUACUUGGGGAGCAGAAGUGUGGUCUUCCGGAGGGAAAAACAGUGUCCCUGGGGAAGGGAGAGUUCCUGAGGUCAUAGGGCAUGGACCAGGAGCCUGGGGCUUCAGCCCAGAAGCCCCCCCCCAUCCCCCACCCCCCAGAGCUGGCUACACCCUUAGCCUGCGGUUCAGGGGUCAACAAGUCCUGAAGGGUGGGAGAUUGCAGCUGAGGCACCACCCUCACCCCCAGUUCUCUCUUCCUCUUCUUCUCCUCCUCCUCCACCUCCCGUCUCUUCCUCCUCCUUUUUU